CACCACCCACUACAAAAUCCAACUCAUCUUUCUUCACAUUUUUCAAUCUUCUUCUAAAUCUAAAGCUAUCAAUGAUAAAUAUAAAUCAAUAUUACGAACAAGUUUGUUUAUAUAAUUUACGCGCUAGGAACUUGCUUACUUCAAGAAAUUUUUUAGUCAACUUCGUAACAUGGGCAUUUAAUUUCGUACAUAUUAAACAAACAAAUAAUGAGUAAUAUAUAGGUUUGAGUUUAUCACUGUAUACUUCAUUCUAACAUCUAUUCACAUUCUCAAUUCCUCUCUUCAAGAGGAACUUAGAUUAUUCUAAUUUGGUUAUUUAAUUUAUAAGGCAACAUGAACAAGGCCAUUUUAGCUCCAAUUUUUCUUGGAGUUUUGGCGUGUUGGAGUGCGAUUUCGGUUAUUGCUGAAGAUCGAUCUUUGUUUUUCACAUGGGAAAUUACUAGUGGAACAAUUUUUCCUCUUGGUGUUCCUCAAGAGGGUAUUCUUAUCAAUGGCCAAUUUCCAGGCCCUACAAUUGAAGCCAUCACAAAUGACAAUAUUGUUGUGAAUGUCAUUAACAAGUUGGAUGAUAAAUUUCUCAUCACAUGGAGUGGUGUAAAACAAAGAAGGACAUCAUGGCAAGAUGGAGUAAUAGGAACUAAUUGUCCAAUCCCUCCAAACUCAAACUGGACAUACAAAUUUCAAUUAAAAGAUCAAAUUGGAACCUACACAUAUUUCCCAUCAACCAAAAUCCAUAAAGCUGCUGGUGGUUUUGGAGCACUCAACAUUGCUCAAAGAUCUGUUAUAUCCAUUCCAUAUCCUGCCCCUGAUGGUGAAUUCACCCUGCUUAUUGGUGAUUGGUACAAGCCCAACCACAAGGUACUAAGGAGACUAUUAGAUGUUGGCAAAAGCCUUCCUUUACCUGAUGCUCUUCUUAUAAAUGGUCAAAAAGAUUUUGCUGUAUUUACAGGAGAAGCAGGGAAAACAUACAAGUUCAGGGUGUCCAAUGUUGGGCUAGCAACCUCAAUUAACUUUCAAAUUCAAGAUCAUUCAUUGAAGCUCAUUGAAGUUGAAGGUGCUCACACAUUGCAAGAAACAUAUAAGUCACUCGAUAUUCAUGUCGGACAAUCAAUGACAUUUUUAGUCACACUAGAUAAGUCAGCUGGUGACUAUUACAUUUUUGCAUCGAGCCGUUUCAUCAAGACUAAUCUUACUACAAUUGCAACACUUAGAUAUUCUGGAUCCAACCGUAAGGCCUCGGGUCAAUUACCCAUUGACCCGACCAUCGAUCUAGAUUGGUCCAUGAAGCAAGCUAGAACCUUCAGACUGAACUUGACAGCAAACGCUGCUCGGCCAAAUCCCCAGGGAUCGUUCCACUACGGAACCAUCCCUGUGAUGAGGACAUUGCUAUUGGCAAACUCAAAAUCUAUCGUAAACGGAAAGCUACGAUAUGCAGUAAACGGAAUUUCACACAUCAAUCCAAGCACUCCAUUGAAGCUUGCCGACUAUUUUAACCUUCCCGGAGUCUUCGAUCUCAAUACAAUCAAGGAUGUUCCUUCUUCAGGUUCCCUUGUCAAACUUGGAACAUCUGUAAUAGGUUUCGCUCUUCAUGACUUUGCAGAAAUAAUCUUCCAGAACAAUGAAAACACUAUUCAGUCAUGGCACUUGGAUGGAUCUAGCUUCUAUGUUGUUGGAUUUGGAAAUGGAAUAUGGACACCUGAUGUGAGAAACACAUACAAUUUGGUUGAUGGAAUUACAAGAUACACUGUUCAGGUGUAUCCAAAAUCAUGGACUACAAUAUUGGUGUCUUUGGACAAUAAGGGCAUGUGGAAUUUGAGGUCUGCAAUAUGGGAGAAUAGAUAUUUGGGACAAGAGUUGUAUAUGAGGGUUUGGAACAAUGAACAAAGCCUAUACACUGAGACUAAUAUCCCUUUGAAUGCAUUGUUUUGUGGCAAGGCUAAACAUUUGCCUAAAUUUUAAGAACUACUUAAGAGAUAUACAAUUUGAUUAAUGAUAUGAUUAAGUGUGUAACUUAAUUUUUUUCUUAAGAUUAUUUUGUUUAGAAAUUUCAGUUACAAGGGUGUGACUGUAGUGCAAAAUGAAAGGGAAAAUGAGUGUAUUUAUUUCAGUAAUGAGACUCCCAAUUGAUUUGAUGUUUUAUUAGAUUAUUAUUUAUUGUAAUCAUAAU